GGAUAGCUGUAUUUGAUUGAAGGUUAGUUGAUUAGCCGAACGAUUCCGUAACUGGCCGCGAAUUGCCGAAUCAUCUGUCCUGCCCGGACUGCUGGAAGCGGCCGCAACGCCAUGUUGGCGAAGUCUCUCAUCUCUGUGAGAAAAAAAUGAUAGAAAACAUACUUGUCGAGAAGAAAAGGUAGAUCGCCGAGGGAGGCUGAAGAUCGUGGCGAUUAUUUCUUUUGAAAGAAACGAACCGAGCCGGAUCCGCAGAGGUUCCGGACGGGCGAGGGAGGCUAAACCUCCCACCGUCCCCAUGAAUAGCACCGCUGAUCCGAACAGCGACUUUCCAUGAAAAAAAGACGUUUGUGUUGCUAUUCGAGCUUCGUUAUCCCAGUUCGUUAAAGGGAUUUGGGGCCUGCUUCAAGAAUCUGCUACGCUUGCUCUAUGUAUGCAAGCUAGGCGUUGUUUGUAUCAGUAUUUAUUAAGGUAUUGUUUUUAUUUGUUGAUUUUUUUGCGAUGAGUUUGCCACCGAAAGUGGUCCCCAAACAAGCCGCUGUCGCAGUUAGCGGACCUGGAAGUGGCCCCUCUCCGUCGAGCCAACUGCGGGCUACCCUGACCUCCGUGUCUCUGCCGCCGGGAGCCCCAACAGCUCCUCAGCCCGGCGCUGUACCGCCACCUCAAAUCCCACGGGUUCAGCCAUCACUGGACGACCGAAUCUUCCCCACACAGCCUGGAGUUGCAGUCUACAGCGUACCCAGGCAUGCUGGCGCUCCUUACACUGCUCAUGACAUCACAAAGGGACACCCUAGCUUGGCGGGCACCCCGCCCGGUCAUGCCCACUCCCCGGCGCUCUCUCAGGUAUCAGUACCCACAGCUUCCCCAUAUCGCUACCCUAAGGGCUGGGAGGCAGGCGGAGGGUCUCCAUACAACCCUGGACAAAAUGCUGGCUCCGCCCCUCUAGUGUACUCUCCCCAGACACAGCCAAUAAAUGCACAGCCACAGAGUCGCCCGUUUGCUACGGGCCCUCGACCAACCCACCAUCAGUUUUUCCAGAGGACUCAGAUGCAGACCGCAAGGCCCACCAUCCCAACAAACACACCCUCCAUACGGCCUGGCUCACAGACUCCCACGGCGGCAGUCUACCCCACCAAUCAGCCAAUCAUGAUGACCAUGGCACCCAUGCCUUUCCCUUCCCCACAGGCUGCACAGUACUACAUCCCACAGUAUCGCCACAGUACACCCUAUGUGGGACCUCCUCAGCAGUAUUCUGUACAGCCCCCAGGGUCUGGCACCUUCUAUCCUGGUCCAGGGCCAGGGGAGUACCCUGCCCCAUAUCCUGGCCCACCCUAUUACCCAGGACAGUACCCCCCCUCAACCCCUAUCAUAGUGCCUACACCACAGCAACCUCCACCAGCCAAGCGUGAGAAGAAAACAAUCCGUAUCCGUGACCCCAAUCAGGGUGGCAAGGAUAUCACAGAGGAGAUCAUGGCAGGGGGCUCAGGGAGCAGGAAUUCAACACCUCCUGUCGGUCCCCCCUCCUCUACCCCCACCCCACCACAGCAGCAGCUGAGCAGCAGCCAGACUCCAGAGCAGCAGCCGCAGCAGUCGCAGUCGCAGUCGCAGCAGCAGCAGCAGCAGCAGCAGCAGCAGUCGCAGUCGCAGUCGCAGUCGCAGCCGCAGCCUCAGCCUCCUCAGCCUCCUCAGCCACAGCAGGCCCACCCUGGAGGCUAUACAUUGGAGCCCCCACAGCCCCAACAGCCCUCACAGCCCCAACAGCCACAGCAGCCACAGCAGCCGUUGACAACAGGGGCUUCAGACACCAAACCAGGGCCAGAUGAUAUGCCAAAACUGGAGCCAGUUGCCCAGAAGUCUUCCUCACCAGGGCUUGUGCAGCCUGAAGCCCCCGUGGAGAGACUGAAGGCCAACGCACCUGUAACUGAGCCCACUUCUGCUAUUGAACCAGGGCUUCCCUUCCCCGCCUCGCUGACCACCCCCGCCACUCUGCCACUUACAGCGGCCAACACCAGUGAACGUCCCUCGGUCAGGGAGUCCACUGCUUCAGCCUCUUCUUCUUACUCGUCCACAGCCGGGGAGCAGAAACCCUCUCCGGCGCCACCUCAGACUCCCAACACAGACAAGCCUCUUUCAGAUGCCCCAAGAACUCUGGCUGCCUCGCCUGCACCAGCCCCCAAGGCCUUGAAUGGCCUUGCAGAGUCUGGGACUGAGCUAGACACUGCGGCUCACGAGCCUUCUCUUAUGCCCCCUGCUGCACUCCAGCCCCAGGCCUCUGCUCCUGCUUACAGAGAGGCCUCCUCCUCUGAAACUUUGCCUUCUGACGUGAGGCCAGAGGUUCCCAUUGCUGCUGCGCUCGCCCCUAUGGCACCUGUGGCUGUGGUGCCAGUCACCCUGACCUCUAGCCCUGCCCCAGCUUUGCCAGUAAUGCUCCCCCCCGGCCUUCCGCCUCUAGUGCAGGCCACAACAGAGGCCGACGAGCCCAGCAAAUCCUUAGACACUAAAGACCUUGUCCCCAGAGUUGGGGCAGAGGCACACGGUGGCAUUACUGACAGCAAAACAGAGCCCCAGCAUCAAGCACUCAUCAGGAAGAGUCCCACUACAGUAAAUCAGACGGCUUCUGCUAUACCAAAGACCUGGAGGAAACCAAAUGAAGGGAUCUCUGCUGGAGACGCACCUCAAAAGGAGGACGAGGACGAGCCGAGGCCAGCGGAUCAACCUGCUGGAGACCAGGCCCUGCAGUCAGCUCCACUGAGCAGCAGCCCUGUGCCCCUGCCGUCAGUCUUCACCUCCACCCCUGCUCCAGCCCCUGCUAGCAGCCCAGAGGCUGACAGAAAGCCUGCCGCCCCAGAGGAGAACGGCGAGGCUGAGAUGGAGCCCAUGAGGAACGGAGCAGGCCACACCUCAGAGACGGAGAGCAGCGACAGUGGAGCCGCCCCUGGAGACAAGGAGAACUCAACGGGGGCUCCACAGGACAUGGAGGACUUGGCUGAGCCCAGUGGGAAGCGUCAGUAUGACAGGGACUUCCUGUUGGGCUUCCAGUUCAUGCCUGCCUGCAUACAGAAGCCUGAGGGGCUCCCACCGAUCAGCGAUGUGGUGCUGGACAAGAUGAACCAAAACAAGUUGCCAUCCCGAGUGGUGGAUUCCAGGGUGAUUUCCAGAGGACCCGAUUUCACACCUGCCUUUGCAGAUUUUGGCAGGCAGAUGACCGGAGGACGAGGCGCUGCGCUUAUGAAUAUUGGGGCACGGCGGCCUCCACCCAGGAAGAUCAUCAUGAACGUGUCAGUGAACGAUGAUAUUCAGCUGAAAAAAUCAGAGAAUGCCUGGAAGCCAGGCAUGAAGAGGGAGGGCCUCGCUGAGGAUCCUGAGACACAGAGAACACAGGAGCUCUUCAGGAAGGUCCGCAGCAUCCUGAACAAGCUGACGCCUCAGAAGUUCAACCAGCUGAUGAAGCAGGUGACAGACCUGACCAUCGACACGGAGGAGAGGCUCAAAGGCGUCAUCGACCUGGUCUUUGAGAAGGCCAUCGACGAGCCCAGCUUCUCUGUGGCCUAUGGAAACAUGUGCCGCUGCCUCGCCACGCUCAAAGUGCCCAUGACAGACAAACCCAACACCACAGUGAACUUUCGCAAGCUGCUGCUAAACCGCUGUCAGAAGGAGUUUGAGAAAGACAAGGUGGACGACGUGGUGUUUGAGAGGAAGCAGAAGGAGCUGGACUCUGCUGCAUCGGCGACAGAGCGCGAGCGUCUUCAGGAAGAGCUGGAGGAAGCCAAGGACAAGGCCCGGCGGCGUUCCAUCGGCAACAUCAAGUUCAUCGGCGAACUCUUCAAGCUCAAGAUGUUAACGGAGGCCAUCAUGCAUGACUGUGUGGUGAAGCUGCUGAAGAACCACGACGAGGAGUCUUUGGAGUGUCUGUGCAGACUGCUCACCACCAUCGGCAAGGACCUUGACUUUGAGAAGGCCAAGCCUCGAAUGGAUCAGUAUUUCAAUCAGAUGGAAAAAAUCGUCAAGGAGAGGAAGACAUCAUCUCGGAUACGGUUCAUGUUACAGGAUGUUAUAGACCUGAGAUUGCACAACUGGGUGUCCAGAAGAGCCGACCAGGGCCCGAAAACUAUCGAGCAGAUCCACAAGGAGGCUAAGAUUGAAGAGCAGGAAGAGCAGAGAAAAGUGCACCAGCAGUUGCUCUCCAAGGACAGCAAGAGACGGCCAGAUCCAAGAGAUCAGAGAGAUCAGCGUGUUCAGAGGGAUGAGACCUGGAACACUGUGCCCAUGACAAAGAACAGCAGGACCAUUGACCCCACCAAGAUCCCAAAGAUCUCCAAGCCUCAAAUGGAUGAGAAGAUCCAGUUGGGCCCACGGGCUCAAGUCACGUGGGUGAAGGGCAGCAGUGGAGGAGCCAAGGCCAGCGACUCAGAACUAUCACGGACAGCUGGCCUCAACCGUUACUCUGCGCUGCAGUCCACGCCAUCAGCUCAGCCCUCCACCACACCUCCACAGAACCCAGACUUUGACUCCAGGAGAACUCUGGGAAGUCGUAGCAGUACAGGCAGAGAACGCAGCGAGAAGCCGCUGAUCUCUGCCCCGCCAUCAUCACGGCCCGGACCAUUCAUCAGGGGAAGCAGUUCAAAGGAACUGCUGGAGAGUCAAACCCCAGAGGAGCUGCGAAGAGACCGGGAACGAGAGGGAGCCGAGCCCCGGAGACCGAGCGUCACAGAGGACAAGACGGAGCCAGAACGCAGCCGAGUCAGAGAGCCUGCGAAACCUGAGCCUGUAGUCCAGACCCUGGACAGACCUGCCCUGUCUGAGGAGGAGAUCGAGAGGAAGUCCAAGUCCAUCAUCGACGAGUUCCUGCACAUUAACGAUUACAAGGAGGCUGUCCAGUGUGUGGAUGAGCUCGAUUUGGGCUCUCAGCUGCACAUCUUUGUGCGCGUCGGGGUGGAGUCAACUCUGGAGCGCAGUCAGAUCACACGGGACCACAUGGGCCAGCUCCUCUUCCAGCUGGUGCAGCAGGGAAUCCUGCCCAAACCCCAGUUCUACAAAGGGUUUGCAGACACGCUGGAGCAAGCGGACGACAUGGCCAUCGACAUUCCCCACAUCUGGCUGUACCUGGCCGAGCUGCUCAGCCCCGUGCUGAGGGAAGGGGGCUUCUCUAUGAGAGAGCUCUUUAGUGAAUUAAGCAAACCUUUGCUUCCUGUGGGAAGAGCUGGGAUCUUAAUUUCUGAAAUACUGCACAUACUAUGCAAACAAAUGAGCCAUAGGACUGUGGCUUCUUUGUGGAGGGAAUCUGGCCUCAACUGGACUGACUUUCUACCAGAGGGAGAGGAUGUCCAGACUUUCAUCUCACAACAGAAACUCCAGUUCGUUCUGUCGGAUGGCUCCGGCCCUGAGGCGGCUCUGUCCAAAAGGAUCCUGUCUCCCGAGGAGCUGAGACGACAGCUGGAGAGACUCCUCCUGGAGGACAUGGCCAGUGACGAGCAGAUCUUUGACUGGGUAGAGGCAAACCUAGAUGAAUCUCAGAUGAGCUCGUCUCCCUUCCUGAGGGCUUUGAUGACAGCUGUGUGUAAGGCAGCAGUGAAAGAUGAUAACACCAACUGUCGAGUGGACACGGCCAUCAUCCAGAGGAGAUUGCCUGUAUUACUCAAGUACCUUAACUCAGACACUGAGCGACAGCUGCAAGCACUUUAUGCACUUCAGGCGCUGAUCGUUGCCCUCGAUCAGCCUCCAAACCUUCUCCGGAUGUUCUUUGACUGUCUGUACGACGAGGACGUCAUCUCCGAGGAUGCUUUCUACAAGUGGGAGACAAGCAAAGACCCCGCCGAGCAGCAGGGUAAAGGCGUGGCCCUCAAGUCUGUCACAGCCUUCUUCACUUGGCUGCGGGAGGCGGAGGAGGAGUCGGAGGAUAAUUGACGAGGGAGACACCUGGGGGGACGUGACAUAGUAGGACUGCAUCCUCACAGCAGAACAAACAUUCAAAAUGGGUGUGUGGGCAGGACGACAUGUUUACGGCUGGAAUUUUUUUCUGCGGUACGGUUCUGAAACAUACCGCCAUUUUGAGUUUGGAUUCCAACGGCGGAAGCACUAAAUACCUGUAUUAUACAUAGAAAAUAUUUUUGUUUUAAAUUUUAACUUACUUUUCUUUUGUUACUUUUUAAGAAGAGACUUAAAAGAUACAUAGGUUCUGGACUCUUUAAUUUAUUAUUUUUUUAAGGACUGCAAAUAUGAAAGUUAUUUAACAUUUGCAGAUGCUCACAACAACAGAACAGAAAUAACAAUAUAAUUAAUUAUAAUAACAAAAUAAUAAUUGUGAAAUGAAUAGCCUCCCUGGAUUCCACACUGUUUGGUUUAAAACAGGGUAAAGCAAAAUUAUUUUGGGAUGAAGGGGAAGCAGAGAUUAAAAAAAAAGAGGAGUGGAUGCACAGGAACUAUUAACGUUGUCCGUGUAUGACGUUUUUUUGAGGUCAAAGGUUAUCUCCUAAUAACCGGAAAGCCUUGGCUUGCUCUGCGUUGAUAUGUACAUAUGCCUCAUGAAGAGGCAGAGAUAUGCAUUCAAGAAGCGAUGCAAGUCAGUCCACAGAAACUGUCAAAAACAAAAACGCAGACGAACAAACCGGAUACAUUCAAGUGAAAUGAGCAAAAAUGCAACUUUAAAAAGCAAAUGGCCAGGGUCGCUGAACAUGAAAUGCUUGUAAUACUUCAGACCUACAGAGCAGAUUAAAAUGCUUGUAAAUACAUUAAAGACAAAAAAGGUAUUUAAAAAAAAUGCUGAUUCUCAUGAUUUGUUCUUUGGAUGGCUGAUGUUCGGAGAUGUGGCCAAAUUUAUUUUUGCGUAUGAUUGAUCCAGUACAACAUAAUGUGUAAGUGUAUAAUAAACUGAGGAAAUGUUUCCCUGUUGUGGACGACGAGGAGCUGUUUGAUCUGACCCGGAGAAGCAGCUGGUGUCCUGCCCAGGAUUCACUACACUGGUACCACUCCAUCUUCUGGUCUGCUGAGUCACUGAAGCACCGACAAACCAUCGGUGUCGUGUCUUUGAAAGUGUCUGAGCAGCUCGUUACCUUGUGUUCACCACAUUUAUUUAUAUUUGUGUAUCUAGAUUGUGUAUAUAUCAAGUUGUUUAUGUGUUUUAAUGUGAUCAGCUGCACAGUUUUAUUCAUAUUGCGGUGUCUGUGUGGUCAGAUCACCCAGAACACAUUUCAGGUACCCACUGCAAACAGAGACUAGAGCUGUAAUGAUAAAGUGAUUAGUCGAUUUCUUGGCAACUAUUUUGAUAAUUGUUUUAUCAUUGAAGUCUUUUUUUUUUUUUUAAGCAAAAAUAGCAAAUAUUAAUUGGUUUCAGCUUAUGACAGUGAUGAUAUUCUGCUUCUCUGUUCAGUAUCAUUGCAUCUUUGUGUUUGGACUUUUUUGGACAAAACAAGCAUAUAUUUCAUCAUAUAUCAUAUAUUUCAUAGACCAAACAAGUGAUCUAAUCAAGGAAUAGCUGAAUGGCUUAUCGAUAAUCAAAUUGUUAGUUGCAGCUCUAAUGGAGACUGUUACUCUGGUGGUGAAGUAGUCGGGACUCUGCCAGGGCAGAUAACAAUGUAAGACUGUGAAUCCACACAGCACUCUAUAAAACAUCAGUACAUGUUGCUGAUGUCUUAUUUUGUCAGACCCAAAGUCCAAAAAACAGAAAUCUUUCAUUUACAGUGAUGACAAAGAAAAGAAGCAUGCAUUCUCUGUUUGGAGGCUGAAGUCUGCAAAUAUUUUUUUGUCUUUUUUCACAAUUUUAUCUUGAAAAAUUAUGAUUAAUCAAAUAUCAAAAUAUUUGCUGGUUAUUUCUCUGAUGACUCAUUGUUUCAGCUCUAUUCCCAAAUAUAGAUUAAAUGCUUAUGUUGUUAGGA